AUGGCAGCUUUGCAGAAGUUCAAGAUCCUGGCAACACAAUGUGGGGUUGUGCAAAGCCCCACUAGGAGCCCCAGAACGAGCCCACUGGUGCAGAUGCCACGCAAGAAGACAACCCUACGUAUGUUACUUACCAAGACCACCACCAGCCGCCACUCACAAAAACUACUAACAAGUCAACAAGAAGUUGUGGUUGAUCUUGAAAGUGACAUGUUGCAAGAGAAGAAGAAGAAGAAGAGUCAGAGCAACACUUUGAAGGAUCUGUUUGUGUCUUCUUUUGAAGAUUACAACGACAAGGCUGGUGAUGAUGAUGAUGAUGAUGGGAGGAUUAGAGAGAAGAGUGAAGUUUUGUUGAUGAGGAAGUUGCAGGGUGGUUUGGGAGGUGAACUGGGUUUGUCUAGACCAGUUUGGGUUGGGUCUAGACAUAGAUUGCUUAAGAAAGCUUGGAGGCCAAUGCUUGCUUCUAUUCCUGAGUAA